UGGUAGAAUUUCAAGUUACAUACAUUGAUACGAUUUUGUUUUUUAAUGAGUUUUGCUAAAACCCGAUAUGGAACAGGGAUUCCCAUGGCUUAAUUCCAACAAGGAUGUGGAUAACGAUCUGGUGAUGGAUGUCAGUGAGCUGAGCAUUUGUAUGGAUAAUUUAACCCAUGACGUGUGCAAGUCCACGAAGAUCUUAGAGCAACAGUCUCCACCUUUGGGCGGUUACUCUGAAAGUGUUCUACUCGCCAAUUUCCGGCUGAGAUUCGAGCAGUUAAGCCAAGGAGCGAAUGCUAAGGAGAGAGUCCUGAUUGAAGCUAGGAGUAACAGGUUGAUCCAGCUGUACAAGCAGCUGAAGGAUAUCGAGCCAAAUGAGGCCAAGCGAUGUCAGUACAUGACGCUAUUUUAUGAACUCUUUGAUUCCGACCGCCUAAAACUUAAAUCCAGCAAAAAAUUGGAAGUAUCGAAUAGCUUACAAGUUCAAAGCUUGCGAGAGAGCUUCAAAACCGAUUCUAGAAAAUUGCAAACAAGGGCAAUCUUUACAAUUGCUAGUCCAAGGUUUGAUUGCUUUAAAGAAAGCACAUGUAGUAUAACAAAUAACAAAAACAAUCAGAUGAAAAUUGAAGAUUAUAAAAGGAUGGAGGAAUGCCUAUGCCAAAAGGGACUUUCUGAGAUUGAUAGCCUGCAGAAAAUUGAAAAAUCCGAUCUACAAAAUUCCAAAGAUUUUCAUAUUUACAAACCACAAGCAAUUGACAAACGUUUAAUAGAACUAAAAGACACAGAUGAUGGAAAAGUACCUGUACAUACCUAUGCCAAUCUGUCGGAUUCCUUGAAUAUUCCAGCUAAUGAUAUCGAUGUUCUAUCUAAAAAGACUGGUAAAUAUACCAUUUCUUCCGAUGACCCUGACAUUGGCGUUGACAAAUAUAUUCUAAAUUACGAUUUGGUUAAAAAGAAAUCAAUUGGUAAAUAUACUUUGAAGAACGAUGGCCUCGGAGACCUUUCCCAUAGAACACCCAUAUCUUUUCAUACAUGCAACCAUAACUCCUCUGUAAAUUCUAAUAAUUCUUUUUUGGACGAGGAAUAUGAUACGGAAAUUGAAGAUGUUCAAUAUUUAGAAAAUCAAAAAGCCAAUUCAGAAAUCAUCAAAGCUCCUAGACAGCAAUUCGAAACUAAUUUACUUAUCAAAGAACCCUCCCCUGUGGUGGAAAAUGAAAAAUCUAAACAGGAAAUGCAUUCAUCCCAAACUGUUAGUAAUAUUAAGACAACAUUUUUAAAGAAAAUUAAUCAAUCUUUGUCGGUCUUGAGCGUAAAAAGUCAACCAGAACCUAAAUUUCCUGAAGAAAUUGUCAAAGAUGUCAAAAUCCCCUUGGAAAACCACCCGGAUAAUUUUGAACAUGGAAAAUUAAUAAAAGAGGUAAGCCAUUCGGUAGCUUCUCUACCGAAAAAGGUUCAUUGGGAACACCAAAACCACAUCAUAAUAGCUCCGCGAGUUGUUGUUCAACUCUUCAAAUCAAAUCCCGCCUACAAGAGUGUCCAAGCCCCGAAUUUCUACGAGCAAGUCAACCAAUUAUUCGAGAUCAUUGGCCUAAGUAACCCGAGCCACCAGUUGCCGUUUCGGGCUCGAUCGAUUCAGUUGCGAUUAGUCAAUAUCCUGCAACAAAUUAAAAGAGGACUACCCAGAAAUAUAAGCUACUCCGAAUGGGUGGCCGAGGUGGGAAAGUACCAGCUGAACCUGCUCCUCAGCCCCGAAGAAAUGAGUGCCUACGAAUCCUUGUGCCACCAAUUAAGAGAUGAUGAGGGUACCAGUAACCAGUAUCCCAUGUCCAAAGAUUCAAGGUUCAGGGAUGCCCUGAGUGGCAUGUUGGGCCAGGAGUCGCCGCACCUGAAGGCCUCGUCCGUAACUGGUCGGCUGCGAAUACGCUCGCCACAUCACCAGGAGAGCGUAGGUGAGUCCUACCUCCUGCUGACUCUGGGUCUCUUGGGUUACCUGUAUCGCUCGCUGAAAGAUCAGCUGAAGAGGCUUGAGCAGCGGGGAGACACAGGUCUUCACCUCGCUCGAGCCUUGCGAAAGACGCUAAAGACCUUCCGGGAUUUCCUCGACCGAAGGAAGAACCAGCCCUGCAGCGUAAUCUGCCUGUACUGGCAGACUAGGAAAUAUCAGUUGCUUCUUCAGUGGCUUCUGGAGGUGCUUACCAAGAUCAACCGUGAUCGGAGCCAGGCCAUAAUCGUUUCGCUUUACGCGGAAUCGGGUCAAAGAACUGGAGAACACUAUAGAUUACUUCAGAUGUGGCUGUCGGAAGCUAGCAAGCCCCUGGUUUCAAGACUCGCUUGCUGGCUAUCGUCGGGUCAGCUCACUGCCUCGGAUAACGAUGAGUUUAUCAUCGAGCGCAGCUUGAUCUUGGCUCCAGAAGACUUUUGGCAGCAAAGCUAUCGACUGGCAGCACCGUUCUCCAAAUUGUUCAAUAGUCAGCUCGCCGAAACGAUGAUCAGUGUGGGUAAAACGGUGGCCUACUCUAAAAAGUAUUUGAACCGCAAUGUGGAGACUCAACUGAAUAGCACAGAGCUGAACUCCAAGCUGCUUCAUCUGCUUACUCAUUUCUACCUGCACGGGGAUCAGGAACCCCUCUUCGACUUCCUCCAGAAACUGCACUCGGAUGUCUCUGGCAAGGUCCUGAGGUUUCUGCGAAACAUGAACAUUCCGCCAGAGGACCUUUUCUAUCAGAUGCACAAGUACUUGAUGAUCACGGAUAUGUAUUUUUACAGGGAGCUAAUGCAGGAACUGGAGGGUCUUCUUAGGGAACCGGCUUCUGCAUUUAACAUUAAAUUGUUCAAUAUCAUGCUACAACAUUUGCUACCCAGUCAGAGCGCCGACAUAUAUGUUGAUAGAAGCUCAGGCCAGGGAAGCAAAUGCUGGUCCUGUUUUCUGCUCCGCUUGAGGUUGCCAGACUAUUGGAGAGCUCUUCUGGGUGAGGACAUCAAGGAGUACGAGGCCAUAUAUCCCGGCUUGUGGAAAUUCCAUUAUGCCAACUAUGUGCUCACCGAAAUGAUAGCCCGGCGCGAUUUGCAUUUCAAGGAACGCACCAAAGUCAAGCUUUUCGAUUGCAUAUACCAAGUGGACCAGCUUCUAGACGUCCUUUUUAGUCUUAUUCUAGAUGCAAUGAGUGUUUUGAAGAAUUACCUGCUUACGGACUUGUUAGAACCGGCUUACUUCAAGCUAAAGCGGGGCUGUGAAAAGGCCAAAUCCCUUGACGAUAUGCUGAGUGCUAAUAGAACCUAUUUGCGAACCAUUAGGCUGGGAUGUUUUCAAACAAAAGGUCUAAGGAGAUGUAACAUGUAUCUGGAGCAACUCUAUGAUGGCAUUAUGGACCUAGAUUUUUAUGAACAAAAGUUCUACAGGAUCCUGGAAAACUUUAAGGACUAUUUCAUUAAAUACGGUGGACAAACGUGUGAAAGAAGCCUGUUUCUAAUACCAAGCUGUGAGUUGACCGACGGAAUGCGCGAGCUUCGCUGGACCUGCCAAAAUUCUAUGGAUGCUCUAAUGAAGUUAAGGGAGCAAUUCUACAUGGCAAUGGUUGACCUUUUGUAUAGCCUUCACUGGGAGGAUCGAGAAUCGUUCAGAGAACUGGCUCAGAAGUUGGAUCGGAAUGGGUAUUAUGAGCAGAUGGAUCAAAGAUUGCAGUUGGUACAAAGGUUCGAGUUCAAGAGAAAGAGGCAAAGGAGGGCUUUGUAAAGAGAUCACAAUAAAGGGUUUAUAUUAAUUAA